AUGCCUUAUAUAUAUGGAGUAAAGAAGGAAAACAAAUGCCAAUCAAAACCAUCUUCUGCCAAAGAAGUUAACAUUGAGAGUAUCUUCAGCUCAUUGAAUGCCAUGGACAAUCUUGCUUUCAUACUCUUUCUGGGAUUAGUUUCAGUAUUUGGCAAAGCAAAUGCACACACUUUCAAUGUCUUGGAUUUUGGAGCUACUCCUGGCACCAUUGAAGACAAUUCACAAGCAUUUCUCAGGGCAUGGAAUGCUUUGUGUAAUCUAACAACGGAAAAUCAUAUAUUGACUGUUCCAUUUGGAAAGGCAUUCCUGUUAAAUCCAGUGGUGUUUAAUGGCCCAUGCAACGCUAAGAAACUCACAUUUCAGAUACUAGGGGAAAUCGUAGCUCCAAGCUCACCAACAACAUGGAAUGGACUUGAUGCCGGUAAGUGGCUUACGUUUAGGGAUGUGAACGGGCUGACGAUCACUGGCUCCGGCGGUUUUGAUGGCCGGGGAAAGGGUUGUGAAUUACAGACAUUGAGUUUCCUAUCAAGCAACGACAUUACGCUCAGUAAUGUUCACUUCAUCAACAGCCCACAAGCGCAUAUCCUACUAUUUGGGUCAUCCGGUAUUGGCAUCGACAAUAUCUUCAUCAACUCUCCAGGAGACAGCCCUAACACUGAUGGCAUCCACAUCCAAUCAGCUCACAACAUUUCUAUCACAAACUCCAUAAUCGCCGCAGGUGAUGACUGUGUUUCAAUUGGUGAUUACACUUCUAACAUUGCGAUAUCAGAUGUAAAAUGCGGACCUGGUCAUGGAAUAAGCAUCGGAAGCUUGGGGAGGGAUGGCAACGAGGUGCAGGUAGAGAACAUUCAUGUGAAGAAUGUAAGCUUCUUUAACACUACCAAUGGAGCUAGAAUAAAGACAUGGCAGGUUGGGAGGGGCCACGUUCGAGACAUCUCAUUCGAGAAUUGCAAAUUCGAUUCUGUAGAGUACCCCAUAAUCAUUGAUCAAAACUAUUGUUCUCCUAGGGACGCUUGCAAGGAAAUGGUACACAAAAUACACCUUUUUCCCUCAAUUUGACAUUUGUGUAUAUUCUAUAUGAGACACUAGCUAAAAUUAGUCUUUCUUGGCAAAAGACAAGUGGAGUACAGAU